AGUGAAUACUUGGGAUGCGUGUACAGCGCGUCACCUAAUCUACCCAUCAGCAAUCAAUAUCGUCACCUAAACCUCCAUUCCAAAUUCGCAACUCCCUUCUUUAAUACCCUCACCUGACCUCCAUAUCAAAUUCAAAUGCUCCAAUCUUCCUUGUAACACUAGAAUUUACACUCUUGUUAAGAUCAAUGGCUGCGGAGCUCAAGUCUGAAUCCGUUUUUGAUCUCCUCAAGCGAUUCCUCGAGACCGACGAGGGUAUUGAACUUAGAAAGAAGAUCAACCUUGUCUAUCAGUUCAAUAUCGCCCCCAAGAAAAUUGGGAUAGAUGAGGUGUCAUAUACUGUUAAUCUCAAGAAAGGAGAGGUUAAUAAAGGCCCAUAUGAAGGAGGCAAGCCUGAUGCCACAUUUUCCCUCAAGGAUGAAGAUUUUGUCAAGCUUGCUGAGGGAAAAUUGAAUCCCCAGAUUGCUUUCAUGAGGGGCACUUUGAAGAUUAAGGGCAGCCUGAGUGCAGCGCAAAAAUUCACUCCUGACAUCUUCCCAAAGCCGUCAAAGCUUUGAGCUAUUUUAGACCCCUCCAUUUUAUUGGAAUCGCAAUUUGAAUUUGAAAAUUCUACUAUUUGUGUUGGGAUAGUAAAAAUCAUUGCUAUCUUUUGAUCAAUCUCUGUUGUUUAUUAGUGCUUCAACUUUUAUGCAUAAUGUGGAACUGGUUAGGAGGCUAUUCUAUAGCUGAGAACAAUCCUGAGUUAUAAAAAUGCAUUAUUCUCUUUAUUAA